AUGCCUUCGUGGAGAGCUCCAUCCUCGCAGGACCCCCCCCGCCGCGCCGGUGAGGCUCGUGGCGAAGAUCCGCAGUGGCUGCCGUACCGCCGUUGGGCCGGCAACCUGUUGAUCGCCAUCCAGCGUGGCUUCCCGUCGGAGCUCUUCCCUUGCUUGUUGGCAGCUGAUGCGGAAAUCUCCUUCGUCACCAGCAACGCUCGGGAUGAGAAGCGCUUGGCAUUAGCUGAUGCGGAAAUCUCUUUCGUUACCAGCAACGCUCGGGAUGAGAAGCGCUUGGCAUUGAUGGACUUGAAACCUGGAGCCCAUGCGCAAGCUCCGUGCGCUGCUGCCGGGUGGCCUGGCCGUGCUCCAUGGCGGGUACAGGCCGCAGGCUGCAGAUCGGUGGGAGUCCGAGAGCGAAGGAGUUGGAGCUUCACCUAG